GCCUGCGCACACAGGUUGCUCUGACCUUCACUGAAAUGAACAUGUUUGCCAGGACCAGUGCGGUGGUGUUCCUCCCACAAUGUGGGCAGGUCAGGAACAUGGCUACCUUGAAGGACAUCACCCUUCGGUUGAAGUCCAUCAAGAACAUUCAGAAGAUUACGAAGUCCAUGAAGAUGGUGGCAGCAGCUAAGUACUCAAGAGCUGAGAGGUCCUUGAAGCCUGCCCGCGUUUAUGGCACCAGCGCAAUGGCUCUGUAUGAGAAGGCUGAGAUCAAGGCUCCAGAAGAAAAGAAUAAGCACUUGAUCAUUGGUGUGUCCUCUGAUCGUGGGCUGUGUGGUGCCAUCCACAGCAGCGUGGCCAAAGCUAUAAAGAGUGAGAUCGCCAAGCUCUCUGGUGCUGGAAAAGAGGUCAUGGUCGUCAAUGUGGGCGACAAACUCCGAGGUCUCCUGUACAGGACUCAUGGGAAGCACAUCCUGAUCAACUGUAAGGAGGUGGGCCGCAAACCUCCCUCUUUCACUGAUGCUUCUAUCAUUGCCACAGAACUUAUGGACUCUGGCUAUGAGUUUGACCAGGGAAGCAUCGUAUUCAACAGAUUCAGAUCUGUAAUUUCCUACAAGACUGAAGAGAAGCCACUGUAUUCCAUGGACACCGUUGCAAGCUCAGAGAAUAUGGGCAUCUAUGACGACAUUGAUGCUGAUGUGCUGAGGAACUAUCAGGAGUUUUCUCUGGUCAACCUCAUCUACUAUGGGCUGAAAGAGUCCACCACCAGUGAGCAGAGUGCCAGAAUGACUGCCAUGGAUGGCGCCAGCAAGAACGCUUCUGAGAUCAUUGAAAAGCUGACCCUGACCUUCAACCGAACUCGCCAGGCUGUCAUCACCAAGGAGCUCAUCGAGAUCAUUUCUGGAGCUGCUGCUCUAUAAAAGAGGAGCCCUGUAUACCUUUUGGUGUGGUUCUGGCGUACCUGCUCUCCAAUUCGGUCAUCUGGUGUAGAAUUAAUAAAUAUAUGUAUGUGCUUUGUACAAUAUCAGAGAAAAUAAACAUCUUACAGAGAAACAA